GCUUCAUCUGUAAAGUCACUGUAUCUCCCAUACACACACACACACACACACACAGACACACACACACCCCUGUGCACUGUGCAGCGCGCGCGCGGGCAACAUGACCGGCGGUCCUGAAAACGUAGAACCCGAGGAAUACGUUCACUCACCGUUCAUCAGGAAACAGGGGAACAUAUACAAGCCCAAUAACAAAGAUAUGGAUAGCGACAGCAUCCGUGAGAAGACCUUGCAGGACCUGCACACCAAAGAGAUCGACCUGGUCAACCGGGACCCAAGACACUUAAACGAUCAUGUACUCAAGGUGGACUUUGAGGACGUGAUCGCGGAGCCUGGAGGCAUCUACAGCUUCGACGGCGUAUGGAAAGCCAGCUUCACUACGUUCACGGUCACCAAGUACUGGUUCUACCGGCUGCUGACGGCACUAGUGGGCAUCCCUCUGGCCCUGAUCUGGGGCAUCUUCUUCGCCAUCCUGUCCUUCCUGCACAUCUGGGCCGUGGUGCCGUGCCUGAAGAGCUACCUGAUCGAGAUCCACUGCUUCAGCCAGGUCUACUCCAUCUGCAUCCACACCCUCUUCGACCCGCUGUUUGAAGCCAUGGGGAAGUGCUUCAGCAACGUCCGCGUCACCACCACCAAGGUGGUGUAAGAGCGCAGGAUGUAAAGGAUGAGAUCUUCAAGACAGGGGUAGGGGGUUGGGAGCGUAUUUAGGGGGUCUGGGGGCAGGAUGAGUAGUGGCUGGAGUCUCAGAAUAAAGAUAUAAUAAGUUGAAUAAAUGAGAGAAAGAAAGAUACAGUAAGAAAAAAAAGCCCUUCAUGUUGAAGAGCAGACGUGAAAAAAAUAAUCGAGAGUCUCAGAUUUUUGUCUUCCUCUAAUCUGGGCUUCUUUAUAGAUCUCUGAAAUAUGAUUAGGGAUUUUAUUCUUUCGGGAUUUUGUUAUUUGUUGUUUAUCACCUAACAAGCUGCAGAGCGAUCAGCUUUGCAUUAAAUUUUUUUUGGCCCUCUUCAUUCAUGCUUGAUUUUGUUUCAUCACUUCAUUUUUUUAUGGUUCAUUCCUAAAUUUUUAACCUCUUACUCCAUGUCUGUCUUAUUAUAAUUCAUUGUGCAGGUUCUUUAAAGGUUCCCUUUUCAUGAAAUGCAGAGCCUAGGACAGGAAGACUUCCUUUCUUCAUUUUAAAACACUGGGGUCAUGUAAAAAAGGAAUAAAAAGAAUAAUAUUUUAUAUAUAUAUAUAUAUAUAUAUAUAUAUAUAUAUAUAUAUAUAUAUAUAUAUAUAUAUAUAUAUAUAUAUAUAUAUAUAUACAAUUUUUUUAUUAAAUUGUACACUCUUGCCAUGUCGUGAACACUGUCUAUGGCCUAACAGAUGAAAAAAUUGAUAGAAAAUAAUUAAAAUUAAAAUGGUGACGUUGGAAACUGCAUUUCUUUUAUUAUCGUUCUUGCUUUCUAACGAUAAUAUAUUUUUCUUUAUUUUACCAUAAAGUAAAUAGAAAAAUCACAUUCAGUUCCUCUGUUAUAUUUAUAGAAGUCCUUAAAGGCCAUGCAUUAUACAAUAUUAUUCUUUCUUCUUGUUUCGUAAGCUGUUCUAGAGGCAGCAUCAUUUAUAACAACACGUCCACAAAUAAUUAUGGUUAUUAUCCAUGAUGCUGCGAUCACCAAACAACUUUCGUUACGUCGAGAUCACGUGACAACAAGAAAGAGAACGAUAUCGUAAUGCAUGGACUUUUGGGACUUCCGUAGUUAUAAGCAAACUCGAUACAAAGAGGGUAAAAAUUUGGUGUCACUCAGUCAGUGCUUUUGUAAUUCUGGAACAAAGAUCCGUGUGCGUUACGUUUUUCGUACGUAUUUUAGUAUUUCAAACUCGCCUCAGUUUCUCACCAUCUUAUAUUGCGACAUUGAGUUCUUCAGGUUUGUUGCUCUUGAACCAACUGGAAGUAAAAAAACGGAUCAAGCAUUAGUUUGGAAUCCCUGCACAAAUUGUAGCUUAGCGGUUAAAUUCGGGAUCGGGAGGUUACGAGUUCAAAUCCCAGCACCACUAAGCUGCCACUGCUGGGCCCCUGGGCAAGGCCCUUAACCCUUAACUGCCCGUGUGGAUGCAGGUUAAGUCCUGCUACCUUUAGAUGAAAAUUUGAUGAUUUUAAUCAGACUAUCAGGUGUGGCCCUUGAUUGGUUGGAAUGAAAACCUGCACCCACACGGGCCCUUUGUGAAAAAGAUUUGACCCUACCUCCCUUUGACCCUACCCCCCCUAAGCGCCUUUUCUGCUUUUUUCUGCUUUCAAUAUUUGUAUGUUUCGUUUUACUAUUGCGAAUUAAAAAAAAAAACGAACGUAUGCAUGGACCCAAUAAGGAAAUCGUUUACGUUUUGCAUUUCUCCUGCAUUUUCUAAACCUAAAUCAACUCAAACGUGGGCGCAAUUUAUUUACAAAAUUCAAAAGCGUGAAUAAAGUACUUUUAUUAUGGAACCGAUUAGCAUUUUGAAUCCUGGCUCUUUCUAGGGUUCCGUACGCUUGUUGUUUAGUUUGCAAGAAAUUAUUAUUAUUUUUUUGUAAUGAUAAAAAAAUGUGGGCGUGUUCCUGCUGAUUUUUUCGAGACUGCCCAUGACACUGCAUGCCGCCACCUCUGUACCGACGAUCCAUACACGAGUGAAACGGUGGGCGUACGCUAACACGGGAGGCUGUACCCACUUCUGCAACACGUGCAAAUCCUUUAUCCUCUUUUCUUUUGCUUUUUAGUGACUUUUUAUUGGCAGAAUGACGCUGUGAUUAACAAUGAUUAACCGAAUCGAAACUUUUUUUUAGUGUCAUGGAAGGCUGAGCUUUUUUAACAUGAAAGCAUUGCUUUAGCAAAACAUCCACUAUCUGAUGAACAUGAAGUACUUUUUGUUUUAUUAUUUGUCUCUUUUCUUCCCCGCAAAAAAACUUAUUCUUGUUCAUAACACAUCAGUCAGCUGAGGUGCGUGACGUCAUGAUAUAGUCUGUAUGUCUGUAUAAAAAAAAAAAAGAUGCUUGGGGGGAAAAAAAAUCUGAAAAUUGCGAUAUUCUUGUUGCGUUUUGUUUUGUUCACUGUCGGACUCACACACUCGCAAAGACUAGCAACAAGCGAAAAACUUUCAGCCCCUUGGACUCCUGAUGAAAACGGGGCUUAAACUUAAUCUCUUUUCUACUGCCGUUGAGCUCACAGUUUUUAUUUUUCCCUUUGUUUUCGCCGUCUACCUGCUGUCUCCGAGGAUGGGAAAAUGUGUGAUGAAAUAAGCCUCUUGCCAUGCGAGAGAGAGCUGUGUCUUUUUUUUUUUUUUUUUACAUUCUAUCCCUGCUUUUUACUGUAAACCUCACGCCGUGCACAUUAAAAGAAAAAAACAUGAAAUGA